ACCAAUCAUGCAAAUGGAUGCGAGUACUACUAAAUGUACCUGUAGGUACCUAAGGUAUGUAUGCGGCUUCAGUGUCCUCAUGGACAUUUGAUCAUCAACACGAGAAGACAUGACGGCAAUCAAGCAGUGGACGACAGGCUUCGAUGGCCUCGACCAGCUCCACUUCACCACAACCACCAAGCCCCAGCCCAAAGAUGGCGAGGUCCUUGUCAAGAUCCUCGCAGUGUCGCUCAACUAUCGUGAUACCGAAGUGAUUAUGGGCUUGUACAACCACCAUAAAUCCGUAGGCUCUCCGGAAAGCCUCGUACCAUGCUCUGACGCCUGCGGCAUCAUUGUCGACGCAGGAGCCAGUACCAAAUGGCAAGAAGGCGCACGAGUAAUGACCAUAUUCAACCAAACGCAUCUCACCGGCCAAAUCAAGGAGACAGACAUGACCAGUGGCCUGGGUCUGCCCCUCUCCGGCGUCCUGACGGAAUACAGAUGCUUUGCAGAAGAAUCCCUCGUUGCGGUCCCCGAAUAUCUCACUGAUGAGGAAGCUGCAACUCUUCCGAUUGCUGCCGUCACUGCUUGGAUGUCGAUCAACCAAUUCAGACCCAUGGGUCAUCCGGCGGACGACGGCGGCGACGACGACAACAGCACUGCGAACCAGACCGUGUUGAUUCAGGGAACAGGGGGCGUGGCAAUUUCUUGCUUGCAGAUUGCUCAUGCAGCCGGGUUGGAAACCAUCAUCACUUCAUCCUCUGACGCCAAACUCGAUCGGGCAAAGAAGAUGGGGGCGACCUACGGAAUCAACUACAAGACCACGCCCGAGUGGCAUCAUGAAGUGAACAGAAUCACCAAGAAUAACGGAGCUGACAUCAUCCUCGAGACGGGAGGAGCGCAAACUCUCCGCAAGAGCUUCGAUUGCAUUGCCUUUGGAGGCCUGAUUGAUGCUGUGGGCUAUCUAUCGGGCAAAGUGGACGCUGCUGGUGACGACCGUCUGAAUACCAAUUUGCUUGCUCUGCGACGCAACGUGACCAUCAAAGGUAUUUUGAACGGACCCAAAGACCGCUUCGAGGAGAUGUGCACAUUUUACGCCAAGCAUGCCAUUCGUCCCGUGGUCGACAAGGUCUUUGACUUUGCUCAUGCGGAUGAGGCGAUUCAGUAUCUAUACUCGGGUGGACACUUUGGAAAAGUCGUCGUCAAGGUGGCUUGAGGGAAGAUAGAUACAACAUACGGAAACGUGUGAAAUGCUCACACCUCAUCUCACCUGACCUCACCUCACUUCCGGCGACGAGACUUUUGCUUGUUCUGCACCUUGGUCAUGCCAGAGCCAACUGCAUCAGAGAUGUGUUCCUGGACAUUGUGCUUUUCGACUUCAUCAUGGACAUCGUCCAUCACAUCAUCCUCGUCAGGGCAUGUCGUGCCAACCAUCAAGUCGAGCACUCCGAGUCGUCCAUAGUUGCCGAUACCCCUGUUCUCUCUCACCGAAGCGAAGUGCGCCUCGUUUCUGCGAGCCAUGCCGCCGAUGAUGAUUGUCGACGGCAGCGAUGUAUAGCCUGAGAACACGAAGAAGUCCUCGAGUGACACCAAUGCCAGGAAUAGAUGCCAUGUCAGUACGUGCCAGCGGAACAACACAGCUGGCAGAAACGUUGGCAAGAAGACGGCAAGUAGAUAUGUGGCUGGAUGGUCGUAUGCUGCUCCAAUGCCGAGAGUCAUGGAGAUACCAUGUUGCCACUGUACAUGCCAAUCCUUCAAGACUGACUGCCAUUCGUGCAGUAGAUAUCGAUGGACCACGUAGUGUACGAGGCCACGAACCAUGAAGCCUUUCAGAAUAUCCUUGAGAAUAGUCCAGGGCAUAGGCACCUAGAAAGAACGAGCAGGCGGUAAGCAAAUGCUCUGAUUCGUGAACUGAUCUUCAGCAAUAUCAAAGUUCGAGUACAGUGCCUACACCAUGGAUCGGAAGUGUCUAUCAAAUGGGAAAACAGCCUUGUGGAACCAAGAUGUACU